AUGCAAGGUUUGGAUUUGGAAAAUAUUAUGAUAGGGGCCUAUCAUUUUUCGAAUCAGGGACCAUUUUCGAAUAUUGUGGAUUCUGAGAAAACUUAUAGAUAUUGUCGAUUGCACAUUCAGACAUGGGUUUAUGUACACUGUGUAGUGAGUAUGAUCACAUCCAUUAUUGGUAUCGGUAUUGGAAUCAUAUUUCUCACACUCUCCGAAUGGCAUGAAAAACUAUUCAUAUAUCGUUUAACAUUAGCGUAUAUGCGACGAGCCAAUCCAAUCCGUUAUUGGAUGGUCUAUCGAAUAUUUUUCAUUGUUUGGAUUCUCUUUCAUUUGAUUCACUUUGCCACUAUUUUGCUCACAAUCGUGGCGGUUCAAAAAAACAGUAUCAAGUUGUUGAAACCUCAACUGGUCAUGCUUAUUUUUCUCGCAGGCUCAUUGAUUUUCGGUUUUUUCGGUCUUCUUAUUAUAAGCGUUACCGGCUCGAAGUUUGCUUGGAUAACAAUCGGAAUCAUCUUGUUUCAUUUGUUUUUUGUUGCAUCAAAUCUCAUCCUUCUCUCAGCAUAUCAUAAAUUUCUUGAUGAAAAAAUCAGCGCAUUAAAUGAAUUGUUAAUGCAACAGGCGAAGACAGUUCAUUUCAAAGACACUUCAUCGGAAGACUCUUGA